AUGUCCAGAUCCCUUCUGUUAGUUACACUGCUUUUAUUAAUGGUGUUAACCUCCCAAUUCGAUUGGAACCAGAAAGUCGUUAACGAGGUAGAAACAAGAUCAUCAGCUCUUUUAAGAAGGCAACAACUUGUUCUCCAAAGGGAAGAAUAUGUAAAAGAAAAGAUAAUCCUAUCUCAGGAAAAACAUAUACAGAAACUUAAAACAGUUGUGCAAAGUCUUCAACAAGAGUUGCUACUGUGCAGGGGUAAAGAUGACUUUUUGAAUGACACUACAGUUGACCCUUUGACUCAACUUUUAUACGAACUCAAACACCAAUAA